GUAUUGGUGAUUAGUCUCAUUUUCAAACUGAAGCUGAUGCUAGUGAUUGGAGGGGACAUUUUCAACAGACCAUGGAAGUGGUGGGGCACAUCCUGUCGAUCGCAAAGACCCUGUAUGACCUGUGCGGGAAGGUGAGUGUCAACCAGCAACAGUGUCAAAGGCUGGCCAGUCGGGUGCGGGUUCUGGAGGAGAUCGUUCAAACGCUGGUGGCACAAGGCCUGGAGAUGAACAAGAGGGUCCUGCAGGACCUGAAGGAGCUGGAAAUCACCCUGGAGACGGCGGGGAAAGUGGUGAAGAAACACAAUUCCCUCCCCGAGAAUUACGUGAAACGCAUGAUGAAGGCUGACAGCUACAAGGGGGAGUUUGAGACGCUGAACACUCGGCUCAACGACCACUUUCAGCAGCUGUCGCUGGGCCUGCAGCUGGAGCAGACGGCGAGUUUGGGCAAGGUGUUCAAAGAGGCUCGACGCCGGGAGGAGGACGAGGCCGACCGCAAGAAAGACCUUGAGGUGCUGAUAACCGUGGUACGGACCCUGGGAGAGAAGAUAGAUGAGAUGGAUGGCAAGAAAAAUCUGCAGGACAUGCAUCAGAUCAAAAUGGAGGAGCUGGAGUUUGAUUACCCCAAGACCCCUAUCAGGAAGACAGACACCCAUGAUUUGUACAAAGGAAAAUACAACACAUUUACAGUGGCCAUCAAAAGAUAUACCUGUUCCCAAACCACACACCCAAGUGAGGUGAGAACCAUAUUUCAGAGGGAGGUGGACACGCUGAAGCGAUUUCAGUCUCCAAACAUCCUGCGCAUGUUUGGGAUCUGUGUCGAGGAUGAUAAAGGGCCGAGUCCAAUCUAUCUGAUUGUCACAGAGUUCUGUGAGAAGGGGGUUCUGCCAGAGGUGCUAGCUGGAAAGUACAAACUCUCCUGGGGAAGACGAGUGCGUAUGAGCCUGGAUGCUGCUCAAGGCCUUUAUAGGAUACACCAUUCAGAGGAGUUUAGACUGUAUGGCUGCAUCAGCUCUAACAAGUUCUUGGUGGAUGAUGGGUACAGGGUGAAGCUUGGGUGCUAUGAGCUGGUGAGAACAGAAAUGUCCCUGAAGAGGAAUCUGAUGAGAGGGAAAGGCAUUGCAGUCUACUGCUGCCCCCAGCAUCAGAAUAACAUGAACUACCCUUACAGCAAGGCCAGUGAGAUCUACAGCUUUGGCAUUGUCUUGUGGGAAAUUGCCACUCGAAAGAUUCCCUUCAAAGGCAUGUCAGACAAAGACAUCCAUGUGAAGGUCUGUCAAGAGAAGUUCACAGAGCCCCUUCCUGAAGACUGUCCCAAAAGCCUGGCCAAAUUGAUCGAUGACUGUCGCUCUUUCGAUCCUUUCAACAGGCCGAAAGCUGGAGUGCUGGUGGACCAGCUGAAGAAGAUUGUGGAGGACCUGGAUGAUGAGUGAAGGGAGGAUGGUGCCACCUUGCCCUGGAUGGAAGAGAGCUCAGAGACAGGGCUGUGAGAUUCUGGAGCAGGACCUCUCUACCCAAAGACACGCAUUCAGAGGAUGGACCCAUCUCAUUGGAGCUCACCCAACGUUUCACCAUCCUCCAGUUGCUAUUCAAGUUGUGUUUCAAAUAGUUUUGUACCAGUUAACAUCUGAUAUGCAAAUAAAUGUUAUACUAGUUCUAUCCUGUUUUUAACUCAAUGCCCAACUCCCAAAACCAGUUUCUAUCCUCAUCUGCUUAUUUUGGUAUAAUUUUAGCUGCAGAUUUCUAAUCUAAUUUCUAAAAAUGUAACUAUGUUGUACCUUAAAAUAGCAUUCAGUAAUUGCUUUCAAUCUGUGAAGAUGCGGACUUCUGACUCUACAUAGGGUGAUAUAUUACAGUAGGUGUACUUUUCUUUUUAUAUACAAACAUAUUUGGGAAGCUAUGUGAACUGAACCUCUACAUUUGUAGGACCUGGAAUUAUUUUUUUUAUUUGGAUGACAGGUAAGCCACCCACAGGUUUACAAGGCAUACCCUAUCAUGAUAUACGUUUGUGUGGGAAUAAGGUUGAGGAAAUAAAUA